CAGACAGAGAGCCAUGGGGCUUUUACUCAGCCGGAUCCAAGACGCCUUGCAAAGUUUCUAUGGAAUGAACGCUCGCAUUCUCUUGCUGGGCUUGGAUGCAGCUGGCAAAACAACUCUUCUCUAUCGACUGAAACUGAACGAAACUACAAUGACUAUCCCCACCAUAGGCUUCAAUGUGGAGACAAUCCAGCCCAUCAACAACGUCACUUUCACCAUGUGGGACGUGGGCGGUCAACACCGGAUCCGGACACUUUGGAAGCACUACCAGACCAACACGGACGGGCUGGUGUUUGUGGUGGACAGCGUGGAUAGCAGUCGCUUUGCAGAGGCCUGGUCCGAGCUGGAGGCCCUCCUGGAUGCUGACCUGCUGCGCGGAGUGCCGUUGGUGCUGCUGGCGAACAAGCAAGACUUGCCCGGAGCCUUGCCCCCCAUGCAGGUGGCAGAAGAGAUGGGUUUGAGGAAGCUGGUGGGUUCUCGGUGGCACGUGCAGGGCUGCUGCGCCGUGAGCGGAGAAGGGAUCCCGGAAGCCAUGACCAAGUUGUCUGAAAUGGUCAGGUCGUUUCGCAAAGCCCGUGGUAUGUAAUCCACUACAAGGCCUAGUGGUUGGACUUCCGUCUCACUGAACUCUUGCCUGACCGUAACUUCCUGACCUGGCCGUGAUUCUCUGUUUGCUUUGCAUGAGGCCUUCAGGACAUUAUCUGGCUUAUAAGCAGUUGCCACGGUGGGAGGUGAGAAUAUGUUUAUGAUUGUCUCUGGGGCUUUUUGGACACAGCUGUGGACUGUCUGUGGUCGAGUUUUUCUUCAAAAUGAUACCCCUUACAGGGAUGCAAAGUCAAACCGAGGACUCGAAAACUGAAGAAUCAGACCGCAAACCAUCAUCCCAGGACUCUUGAUCAGAGUAAUCUAUUUUUGUUUCAUUAUAAAAGUAUGAUUAAUUCUUUCUCUGUCCCUAUCACUGCUGAUUCCAUCAGAAUAGCUGGAAGAGCUCAUUUCUUCCUUCACAAUAUUCCCAGUGCAACUGAUGAAGAAUAAAAGUAACUGCUUAAUUAA